AUGCUCACUCGUGAUCAAAUGGAAGAGCAGCUUAAGCAGUCUGCUAAAGCUACUAUCUUUGAGCAGCAGUUCGCUUAAGCAUUUGAAAGAAUCCUCAAGGAGAAGAGAGAAGGCUCUAACAAACUCUAUGCUGAAAAGAAAGAUUGGCAGAAAUACCAAAGCCUUCCAUCAUAUUCUGAAUAAUAAGCAUUCACAGUUGAAGGAGAUGACAAUAAACUCAGAGUUGCAAAGUGGAAUUCACUUCUUAAGGAUUCAGCUUUCUACCUUGAUAAUCCAUCACUGAGAGACGAAAGAGAAAUGAAAUAGAAGCUCUUCUUUAGAUAUGAUGACUUAUUUGCUGAUGCAAUGAAGCCACCCCUACAAUCAAGAAGAGAUUUAUUGUCUUGGGCUUGCUAAGCAAAGAACGAAUCACUCAGAGCAAAUGAAGCUUCAGGGGAAUUAUUGGAAGAUUGCGAGAACUAUGGUGGACUCUUAAGAAAAUACGGACCAGACUAUGAAUAAUUGAAAAAGAAACUAGCACAUGUUAGAGGAUUAUUUGAUUGA